GGAAAACGGUGCAGACGGUUGAUGGAAGGGAGGUUGCAGAUGGUGGAUUCUAUUUGGACCAACUGGCCAGCUGGCUUGCCGGUCUCUCGGGCACGCCCGAUAAUGAUCACGCUAUGGUGUUUACCGAGUACGACAUAUACUCGGUUAAGAAAAAAAAGAGAGAUUACGAUGUGAUUGGCAUGGCCCCGAUGAAUGGUGUAUGUACGAGCGAGCGUGUGUCCAUCCAAGAGGACAACGACUACUUUCAAACAAUAAGUACCGCUGCGCACGAAUUAGGACACAAUCUUGGUUCCGACCACGACGGCGAAAAAGAAGAUGCGAUCGCCUCGCUUGUUCCGCCGACGCUACGUUCAUCAUGGCCCCGUCCACGUCCUCAUUCAGUCGCGACGAUGCGUACACGGUGAACCCAUGGCACUUCUCGAAAUGCUCUGUAAAGCAAUUCAAAAAGUACAUCAAGUCGCUGGGUAAAAACAACUGCCUGCUGGACGCCGGAGAAUCCAUGGACGAGUACAAAAUCCACUCGAGCAAGCAACCCGGGGAGCUGUACUCGCCCGCAGAACAAUGCAAGCUCGAAUACGGGCAAGAAUCUGAAUUGGGGUGCGGCCAGUCGGCCACAGACCCACGGAUAUGCCUGCACAUGUCAUGCAAGCAGCGUGACGGUGAAUGUACCGACAUUGCUGCCGCCCGAGGCACUCCGUGCGACAAGCCUUCACUGAACAAGUGGUGCAAAGAAGGACUGUGUGUCGAUAAAGGGGCGUCCGGUAAUCAAACGGUUACGGCAAACAAUACAACAACGACGAUAUCGACGCGGCCUUCGACGACUAAGGCAGCGAGUACGGCCCUCAUACCGGAAGAAUGCUCCGAUUGCACCGACUGCUGCUGGUACAACAAGCUUUGUGAAGAAGUGAGCGCCGACUUCGAGGACAUAUACGACUACGAGCCUGACUUCUUGUGUGACGACCCCUCCGGGCGGGACCGUUGUUACGCCACGUGCAUGUGUGAGAUAGCAUUUCAAACUAAGACGAUUGACAAUGUGGGCAAGAAAUAA